AUGAGGUCCAUUUCCCUCGCAAGCUGCGUAGCAGCUCUAGUAACAUUCGCCGCUGCCGAAUUAAACCUCUCCGAACCAUUGCUGUCCAAGCAAGUGCUCCCCAGCACCUUCGCACCACCCCAGGUAUUCAAGAAUGCCAAUCUAGUCCGCACCACCAAUCUCGACAAGGCCUACCCAAGGGAGACGAUCAAUGUCAUUAUCCAAAACAUUGAUUCAAAAGCGCAGUCGGAAUACUAUCUUCCCUUCGACUCUGCCCUGCUGUCAAAGGUUGGCGGACUCGAGGUGAGGGACAAGAAGGCGGCUGAGAAGGGUACCUUCAAAGUUGAUGUUGUUGGCUUUGAUGCGGAAAGCUCGGUUGAGUUCUACAAGAUCCACCUCCCCGAACCUCUCGCACCCAACGCCCAGCAGACUCUCAGCAUCUCCUACUCAAUCCUCUCCUCCCUCAAGCCGGUUCCCGCCCAGCUCCCUCAGACAGCGAAGCAGUACCUGCAAUACGACUUCAGCGCAUACGCACCCUCCGCCUACUUGACCGAGAAGCAGCGCACCAAGGUCAAGUUCCCCAACAACGAUGUGCCAGACUACACCUCUCUCCCCGCCGAGCUCAAUGACGAGAACAAGGCCGACCCGCAGAAGCAGGGCUCCACCUUUACAUAUGGAGUUUACAACAAUGUGCCAGCUGGCGCUCAACAGCCCGUAAGCGUGCGCUACGAAUUCACAAAGCCUGUGACACACGCCACGCGCCUAGAGCGCGAUGUCGAAGUCUCGCAUUGGGGCGGCAACUUGGCCUUUGAGGAGAGGUACUGGCUCGAGAACCAGGGCGCCGGACUUAAGAACCACUUUUCGCGCGUCGAGUGGCAGAGACAAUCUUACAUGAACCCACCUACUUUUGCUGUCAAGGGUCUUGUCCUUCCUCUGGCUCCUGGAUCUGUCGACCCCUACUUCACUGAUGACAUCGGUAACGUCUCUACCUCCAGGUUCCGCCCUGGCAACAAGGAGGCUCUGUUGGAGUUGAAGCCCAGGUACCCCAUCUUCGGAACCUGGAAGUACAGUUUCCGUGUUGGUUGGAACGCCGAUCUGUCCACAUACCUGCGCAAGCUCUCAACUGGCGAUACUUAUGUGCUCAAGGUUCCUUUCCUCGAGGGCCCCCGCGCUGGUGAGGGCAUCUCCUACGGUCGCGUCAGCCUCCGCAUCAUCCUCCCUGAGGGCGCUACCAAUGUCAAGUUUUCGACCACUGUUCCCAUUGUAGCCAACGAGGUCACACUGCACAAGACCUUCAUGGAUACUCUGGGUCGCACUGCACUGACUUUGACAUCCAUCAACUUGGUAGAUGAGUUCAGAGACCGCGAUGUCAUUGUCACUUAUGACUACCCCUGGAUUGCGGGAUACAGGAAGCCCAUUGUCAUCACUCUGGGCAUGUUUGCUGUAUUUGCCGUUACCUGGGUUUUGGGCAGCAUCGAUACCAGCAUUGGCAAGAAGAAGACGGCGUAA